UGUCAGUAUGUGACAUUCAAACGUAAAGCAGGAGGCGACAAAAACUGUUUAAAAGCGGAAAUGUCCCCAAAGUUCUUCUAAUAUGCAGAUUAAUGAUGCAACUAAAGCCAUUAGACAUUUUAAAAAGAGUCCCAGGUUUCAUUAUUGUGGCUGUGCUUGUCUGUUGAUGAUAGCACACCCACCUCACCUCUCUCAGCCAAUGGGACGAUCUGAUGGUAACCCUACCUGACAGCACCAGCUGACGAGGUAUUGUCCAGCAGACAGGUUCCUACCUUGUUACUGGGUUGAGUUCCGAGCAGCUCUUUCUGCCGAAGAUCGCUCACUGAGGACAACCAGCUGAAGAGAUGCAAACAGAAAACCAGCUGAGGACUGGACACAGCAUGUGGGAGAAUGUCGAUACAGAGCGCGAUGUUGGCCAUAAACAGGACUACUCGCCCAUAUCAUGGCAGGAGUACUUUAAACAGAAGGAGGAUGUGAGCGUGGGAGCGGCAGACAGCCGCGAUGUGUUCAGGGUUUACCAGGCGGGGAGUGAGGGGCCGCUCCUGGUUCUACUGCAUGGAGGCGGAUACUCCGCCCUGUCCUGGGCCGUCUUCACAUCAGCCAUCACCAGCAGAGUGACCUGCCGAGUUUUGGCGAUGGACCUCAGGGGUCAUGGUGCCACUCUGGUUCACCAAUCAGAUGACUUCUCAACACAGACUAUGUCCUGUGAUGUCGCCCAUGUUAUUCAAGCCUGCUGUGGCGAGACCACUCCCCCCAUUGUUCUGAUUGGCCACGGCGUUGGUGGCGCGAUUGCAGUGCACACAGCCAGCAACGAUUUGCUUCCAACCAUUGUGGGUCUGGUAGCUAUCGACAUGGUGGAAGGCAAUGCAAUAGACGCACUCCACAGCAUACAGAAUGUCCUAAAAGGAAGACCCAAGUUCUUCAAGUCUGUGGAAGAUGCCAUAGAAUGGAGCGUUAGUAGUGGACAAAUCAGGAAUCUGGAAUCUGCUCGAGUCUCAGUUGCUGGCCAGAUCAAAAGGUGUGAGGUUGAAGAUGCAGAUACUUUGACUCAGAGGAGUCUGGUGACCGACGUGGUUGUCGAACGCGAGUUCGACGAUCAAACCUGCGUUAACGACAAUGAAAACGCAGCCUCUGAUGGGAGCCUCAGUAAAGGCCAGAGUGUCUAUAAAUGGCAAAUCGACCUGUCAAAAUCAGAAAAGUACUGGGACGGCUGGUUCAGAGGGACCUCCAAUCUCUUUCUGGCAUGCAACCUGCCCAAACUUCUACUACUGGCAGGAAUCAACCGGCUGGACAGAGAACUCACGAUUGGGCAGAUGCAAGGUAAAUUCAUGGUGCAUGUGCUGCCCCCCUGUGGCCAUGCAGUGCAAGAAGACAUACCCGAUAAAGUGGCUGACGCUGUGGCCACCUUCCUGUUGAGAAACAAGUUUGCUGAAGCCAGAAGAGAAACCUUGAGGCCACUCCUUAAAGAUCUCCAGUCAGAGCGGAGCGUGUCAUUUUCCUGAAAGCCAGAACAAAUGUGCAGUUUUUGUUAAUUUUUGUCUUUUACAGCCUGCUUCUUAAGCUUGGAGUUCUCACUGUUUGUCACUGUUGCUUGUUUACUACUACAAUUAUCAAAAAUAACAAUGCUUAAUGUCAUAAAAAGAUGAAUAAAAAAAGUUUUUGUUAUAUGGAGUGAACAAAAACUUUCCUGUCUGGCUACCAAAUAUAACAUUACGAUACUUUAAAAUCACCACCAC